GCGCAGUUACCGAAGACGGAAGAUAUCUCGAAGGAAACGGUUAACCGUAACUUCUCUUUUUCCUCUUUUUACACUACUGAUUUCCUAUUAUAGAGACUACGUGUUGUGUAAUACACUUUCCUACUCGACCAUCGGUCUUCUCCCUGGUUUGCAUGCUAUAACAUGGCGACCCUGCCAGGAUCCCCGCGGAAAAUGUCGAAGUCGUCAAAUCAAAAGGUCACCGUACCAAAGGAUCAGAGCGAAUUUGCCGGCUUGAAGCGCGAUGGAGAUCUGGCCAAACCUAGCAAUGUUACUCCUCAGUCUACCGAAGUUAGAUGUAUCCCUUCAGUCCCUGCGCCGGAGAAAUUCUGCUUGGGAAUGACUUUCACCACCUGGUCGAAACACGCCAGAGCGUAUGUCAGACACUUCCCCAACGAAAUGAGAGGUUGCGUCUUGCUAGGACUCCUCUCAGGGGAGGCAUUGGACAUUGUGGCUGAUAGCGAUGUGCUGGAAAAUGGGGUUGAUGACAACACGUUCGACGCACUAUCAAAACUUCUCGAUUCCCCGCUUCUGCCUACGCAGUGGAGGCAAGCUUUCCAUGCUCGCGUUCAGCAACCCGGUGAAACUGUACGGUCGUUCACAAGGGAGCUGCGGCGCCUCGGAGGAUACGCAUUUGCAGACGACGUUCCCGAGAUCCGGGAAAAACGAAUAUUGCAACAAUUCGUAGAUGGGGUCCGAAUACCAUCGAUUCGUCGUGAGUUGUUGUUAUAUCCGCCGGAGAGUUGGGGUGCGGCCGUGGAAUUGGCUGAGAAAUUGGAAAGAGUCGAUGCCGCCAUGGGUCCUACAUCAUCGUGUUGUUGUGCCGUGGGGAACCGUUGCGAACCUGAGUACAAGCCUUCAGAACCGAGAAUUGCGAAUCGUGGGCUCCCUCGCCCUCGACGCCCACACCAGCCCUACUUCAGAGGAGCUCGCCCACGGCCACUGGAGCAAGGAUACCGUGAAACAUACCCUGUCCACAGCAAACCAGAAGGUGAGCGAGAUUCAGCAAUUUCUGAUUUCAUACCCGCUGUCACUUGCCCCUCAUCGGUGACUUUGUCGUUAACUUUAGAACUGCGAGUUUCCGGAAUCCCAUUGAUUGGUUUGAUCGACACUGGCGCCUGCAAAAGCUUGAUUAGGUCUGAUUCUACGUCACAACUAACUAACUGUACGCGGGCUCCCUGCCGUUACCGUUUGACCGCGGCAAACGGGGGAUCUCUCCCUGUUCGUGAAACAGUCACUGCUUUAGUCGAGAUAGCGAGUGAUAAAUUUCACCACGAGUUCGUUGUUGCUGAUAGGAUACCUUUCAGUGUCAUCAUUGGAAUGGAUCUAUUGAGCCGGUUGAGAUGUAGAUUAGACCUGGAUAAGUUUCAGCUAAGCACGGAUACCUAUACCGUGUUGCUCAGGCCUUAUCGUGGUGACAAGGUAGAAACGUUUGCAAUCUGGGAGGAUACUGCUGAUAAUGAACAAUGCAUAAACGACUUUGUCUCAGCACUCGGCUCGCCUGUUGACAAGCGAACUUUGGAGAGAUUAAAAGAGAUAUUACGCAACCACUCUGAGGCAUUUGCCUGGCGCCCAGGAGAUAUAGGUCGGACCGGUGUCGUGAAACAUUCGAUUGAUACUGGUAGCGCGCGUCCAAUAAAGUCACCUCCACGACGGAUUCCGUUACACUGGCAGAGUGAGUUACAACUGCUUAUAGAUGAGAUGUUGAAAAAAACGUUGUGCGUCCCUCCACUUCCCCCUGGGCAUCUCCGGUUGUGCUGGUCAAAAAGAAAGAUGGUGGUUUUCGGUUAUGCGUAGAUUAUAGACGAUUAAAUGAAGUCACUCGCAAGGACGCAUUUCCGUUACCUAGGAUCGAUGAUCUGUUCGACGCACUGGGAGGAUCGGCUUACUUUAGUACCUUAGACCUGGCCUCCGGUUACUGGCAGGUCGAAGUCGAGGAGACUGACCAAGCGAAAACGGCUUUUGUGGUACCGUCUGGUCUCUACGAGUUUCAAACCAUGCCUUUCGGGCUAGC